CCGAGAGAGCUUCCACGCUUGUAAUCGAAGUUUGACACCGCGGCCGUCCGCUGGCUCUAUUGAUUCGUUGCUCCGUGUUCGCGCUGUUUACGUGACGUGGUGGUCGCACACGGUGGAGGCGAUCGGCGUUAUCGAGAGCCGGUUGUAUUCGAGUAAACGAAAGUAAGAAGGAGUUUCCGUCACCAUCGAGCUUUAUCAGAAUUUCACCAUGUUGCAGUCGAUAUUCGACGAUGUGCGGCGUAUGAAUAAACGCCAGUUUUUGUAUCAAGUACUGAGCUUUGGCAUGAUAGUCUCGUCGGCGCUUAUGAUAUGGAAGGGCUUGAUGGUCGUCACCGGCAGCGAGAGUCCCAUUGUCGUGGUGUUGAGCGGUAGCAUGGAACCUGCAUUUCACAGAGGUGACUUGCUCUUCCUCACGAAUUAUCAAGACGAACCAGUGAGAGUGGGCGAGAUUGUGGUCUUCAAAGUCGAGGGCAGAGACAUUCCUAUUGUACACAGAGUACUUAAGCUCCACGAAAAGGGUGACCAGAAUAACACUGUCAAGUUCCUCACGAAAGGUGACAACAAUUCUGUAGACGACCGAGGCUUAUACGCGCCUGGUCAGCUGUGGUUGACGCACAAAGACGUUGUUGGACGAGCGAGAGGCUUCCUACCGUAUGUCGGCAUGGUCACCAUAUACAUGAAUGAAUAUCCUAAGUUCAAGUACGCAGUAUUAGCUUGUCUGGGAUUGUACGUUUUGGUGCAUAGAGAAUAAAGUCGGCUCGAUAUGUUGAGACAUCUUGCGGUUAAUCGUCACUGACCAUUUAGAGGAAUGCGCGAUUUAUCAACUAUUUAGAUAUCCAAAUAGAACUAUCCGUAAAUAGAAAUAUUCAUGCAUUACUAAAACUUACAUGUAACAGGAACAUGAAAACACUCAGAAGAUGCAUUUCUCUGUACAUAAAAUAAUCACGUAUUCGGUAUUCAGUUGUUUCAAGUUGAGUGAAAAAUUUUAAUCGAAUUAUCGCGACUAGAUUUAUUAGUUAAAUAAACUUUGCUUUGGCUGUCACAUCAAGAUGGUAAGUUAGAUAUGAAGUAUUUUGUAUCGCGAAAAAUUAUUGGCUUAGCGCUAGUAGUUUUCGCGUACCGAAACUUGAAUUUGACAUUUUGUCUAGUAACAGCAGCAUUUACAAACGGCGUCGUUUGUAACCGCAGACGUCGCAAGUGCCUAAAAGACGUCGUAAAAACAUUAGGAAGCGGAGGUUCUUUAGACGUCUUUUAGAUUUUUUUCUUUCUAGUUCUUGGAUAGAUAUGUCGUAACUUAUAAAAGUGACGCUGCCACUUCAAAUCGCCACACGAUAAUACUGAUGCACGGUCAUUGUAUCACGUACGCUCGUGAUUUGGUGAUUCUUUGCUACAGGCUCAUCCGCGAGUGCGCGUAGCACUUGUACGAUACAUUAUUGUUAAUUUUCUUUCUCUUCUUAUCUAAAGUAAGCGAUACCGUAUUAUGUAUAAAAUUCUAAUGCGAAACAAAUAAAUUUUGUUAUAAAAGGAUUAAAAAAAAGCAUUGUGAGUCAAGGAUGCAAUGUCUUUUACACAAAUACCCCAAUUGCGCAUUUCUGCACGUCCUCGAGAACGAAAAUUUAUAUAUUGAUCGAUUUUAGCGAGACACACUGUAAUUAUUUUUAUCUCAUGAAAUAAAUUUGUAAUACUUGAA